CCAUGUUUAGCUGCUUUGUUGCAGAUUCCGUCUAGGUUUCCUGCAGAUUUUAAGUGUUGCAAUGGAACCGAGCUGGAGUACAUUUUUAUUCCAGUCUUCUGUAGGUCCCAUGGUUCCAGGGAAUCCACGUAGGGACUACUACACAGGGAUCAGACAGGCCAAUGAAGCCCUGCAUCACCAGCACCAGGUGGCCCAGAACAGCUUGCUGCCUCUCCUCCAGUCAGGAGGACCAGAACCUGUGGACCAGAAGCCUGUGAUGCCCAUCCUCCUGGACCAGAAGCCCCCGGUCAGCGUCGCUGAGCUCCUCAAGGACAAUGUGGCCAGUGGGACGGGAGGAGGAGGAGGAGGAGGAGGAGGCGGCGGUGGUCCCGUUGCUGUGGUGAAGAAAGAGCCCAAGUCCAAAACGCCUUUCAUCUGCGGAUACUGCAACAAGGCCUUCCGGGACAGUUACCAUCUCAGACGGCACGAGUCCUGCCAUACGGGCGUCAAGAUGGUGUCUCGUCCCAAGAAGCCACAGACGGCGCCCACCAUGGUGCCCAUGAUCUCCACGGUGCCGCAGCGCGAGAACAGUGGCGGCCAGCCCUCUUACAUUUCCACCAUCGCUGGCAUCCUCACCACGGCCACAACCUCUGCCUCCACAGGCUCCAGCAUCAUGUCUCCCACCAUGGUUUCCCAGCAGCACCAGCAUCAACAGCAUCAGCAGCAGCAGCAGAGCCAGCCCAAGAAGCCUGCCAAGCCUGUGAAGAAGAACCAUGGCUGUGAGAUGUGUGGCAAGGCCUUCCGUGACGUCUACCACCUGAACCGUCACAAGCUGUCCCACUCAGACGAGAAGCCCUUCGAGUGCCCCAUCUGCCAGCAGCGCUUUAAGAGGAAGGACCGCAUGACCUACCACGUGCGCUCGCACGACGGGGGCGUUCACAAACCUUACAUCUGCUCUGUCUGUGGGAAGGGCUUCUCCAGGCCUGACCAUCUAAGCUGUCACGUGAAGCAUGUUCAUUCCUCAGAGAGACCCUUCAAAUGCCAAGUAACGGCCUGCACCUCUGCUUUCGCCACCAAAGACCGCCUGCGGUCCCACAUGAUCCGACACGAGGGCAAGGUGACCUGCAACAUCUGUGGCAAGAUGCUGAGCGCCGCCUACAUUACCAGCCACCUGAAGACCCACGGCCAAGCCAGCUUCAACAACCCCUGUAAUAAAGGGCAAAGUGACUGGCAGUGGAACCACCACUCAGGCCUACGAAAAGGUGAGUUGACGGUAGGAGAGAUCUUAAAUAACUCGUUCCAAGUCCUUAUGGACAUCUCUCGUUUUCAAGACUCUAACAACGUGCACAACUCUGGCUCGGUGACGCCCGUCACCAACUCUGCCGCCAUCACCUCAGCAAUGAACCGUGGCAACGCCAGCAACCCGGUAACCAUCGCCGCCCAGAUGAACAUCACCACCAGCACAGUCAACAUCACCUCUCCGAUCAACCUGCAUCACCCAGUGACCAUCACCGGGCCCAUGAAUAUAGCCCACCCUGUGGCCAUCACCUCUGGGAUGCCCAUGAAUAUAACCGGGCCGCUCAACAUCGCCAUGCGGCCCAUGGAUAGCAUGCCUUUUCUCUCCCAGGUCCUGCCUUCCUCCCCUCCCUGGUAGUAACCCCUUCCCUGGCCCCUGGUUAGCAUCUCUUUAUCAACCCCUCCCACCUCUCUUCUACCCCCAAACCUCCUCCUCCUCCCUUACUUUAGCAGACCUUCCUCCUUAUCAGGAGUACUAUAGAUGAUGUUGUAGCAGAGGUGUAGUGUGGGGGGCUAGCUGGACGCUGUACCCGUCUGUCUGUCCGUCUGGCUGCAGCAUGAUGAGAGGUGGACUGGUCAGCCCCUGUAGAUGCGGGUGCAUUUUAUUUCCUUUUAACCGCCGGUAGGAGGACAGUCCUGGAAGUCAUGGGAAGUCUCGGAAGGAGGAAUGGAGCUUUGUGAUGAUGCACCAAGUGGAUGCCUGACGUAAACAAACAAUGAGUUAUGGCUUGCGUCAGAACAUACCUGCAUAUUUGGCAUUGGAAUGAAACUGUAACAGAAAUGUAUUGCUGGUAUUCAUGUUUUUAAAUGCUCUCUUACAGAGCAGAUGGUUUUUAUAUUAGUUUUCUUUUUUUUGUUAUUAUUAUUAUUAUAGCCUGCUAAUCAGUAUUUAAUAGUUGUAUGCAUUGUAAGGAGUUAAGUACAGCAGAAGGGACGAAGGCUACCAUUUUGCAGAAUGGUGAUUUUUCUGGGGGAAAAAUGUUUCAAAGGCACCACAGUUGUAUCUUAGGCCAAUGCCUUUGACUACAUAAGGUGAGCUUUCCCAGGUCCUGACGCCAUCUCUGGAAAACGGUCACUUCUCACUGCUGGAUACUGUAAACCUAUACAUGGUUUUAGUUAGUUUUUUUAAUGAAUAGUUGUCAGGUGUGUUUUAGAUGACUUCAUAAAGUAGCCGGAGGACAUUACAGUGGUAAUGUUACAGGAACACAAGGAGGAAAUGUCUCGCACUGAAAGCAUAUCCCCGGGUUAAUGUCCUGAAAACAGCAGUAUUAUCAAGAAUCAAAAUGAUUAGUGUUGGCUGAGAGCCUUGUUUAAUGUAGAGGCUACCAGAGCCACCUAGUGGCAGAGUAGACACUAUGCUGAAAAGGAGGUCACAAAGUUCACCUAACAUUUUUUGUGAAAAUAGUUAUGUUGGGAGAGGUUUUGGUUUUGGUAGGGCCAUUUUAUCCCCCUCUUUUAUUUAUUUUUUAUUUCAAGUUUAGGAUCUUAUAAGUAUGAACUUCUACUCAGGAACCUUACUGAGAGUAGCAUCGUUUUUGAUGAGAGUAAAAGUCUCAAUUUAAGGUCAACACGCAACCUUUGUUGACCUUGUACCCUCGUUGUAAAUAUUAGAACGCUAUUAUUUUGUCUUUGCCUGUCCCCAAAAAAGUAAUGUCCUUCAACACAGGUCUGCAAUUACUUUAUCAUUGUCAAUAUGGCCGUCCAUUGGACUACUUUUGCGUAGUUUACUUCCCAGGUUAGUUUGAGGUUUUUCUGUCUUCUGAGGUCCUUUUUAUUAUAUUACUGUAGAACCAAAACUGCCAUCUGGGGCCCAAGGUGCCCUGAACGAGAAUGGAAGCAGAGACGAGAGGCUGCGUCCACUACAUGUGUUCUUGAAUGGUCAACGGUUAUGGGUCACAGGGCUGCUUCCUUCCCCAGCCCAGUGCCUACUGGCUCUGCCUGGGCCUACGUUCGCAGGAACUCUUUGAAGCAUGUGUAGCCGACACGGCACAGAUGUGAGCCAUUACCCCAAAAUCAGGCUGUAUGGGUUUGGUGGGAACAGGCGGUUCGUUCAAACGUCAAACUGGUGGACGUUCUUCAGAGACUUCUGCCCUCGUCAGUGGCCUCGCCUUCCCUGUGUCUCUGUCUUGGGAACGGCAAGGUGUUUGAGGCCUUUGAUAGUAUUGCAUGCAUGCCAACACAGUGCCCCAAGAGAAUUGCUUGAAUCUGAAAUGGAAUGGCGUUGUGGUCUUGUUGGCAUUGGAUUCCCUUUCCAUCGAUCUUGCAUCGAUGUUGCAUGUGGACGUUUGAGCUCGUACAAGUUUGGGUUGAGUCAAAAUAAAAGUAAUUAGAAGGCUAGUGACUUGACUUUUUUUUCUGAAAGAAAACACUACAUUUUUUUUGUUGAAGUAUGUGUAUGUUUGUCAUUUGUCCUUCCGCAGUGGCCGUAACUAGUGUGCCUGAACUGCUUUACAACAAGACUAUUCCACACCUCUGCUUCCUCUUCAAGAUGUGAUGCGUGAUGGACAUAGACUUAGACAACACUAGUGGCCAAAAGCCCGUUUUAGUAUAGGCAGCGCCAUUGAGGACUUUUUUAAGUAGUCGACUGGGUGGGAAUUCCUAUAGGUUAAGGCAGGAUCACAUGAUCCCAUCCAGGUCAUCAGGGGGGAUCAGCCAAUGAAUUAUUAUACUCAUGAGCAAACGUUCCAUAACUGCAGGUGGCAGUAAAUUGCCUACCUUGG